AUGGCAACCUUGCUCAUCAGCUUUAUCCUCGCCCAAAGUGUCCAUGCCGCACCUAUCUGUCAACAUCCUGCACUCAACACUGCAUCCUUACCAUCUUCGCUUGCAUCUGGACGGCAAACCAUCCCGAUGUGCCAAGCGAUAUUCGCGUUGGUCGUUCAGUCCGGAUUCUCGUACACUCAAAUGAUUUUCACGUUGGUUGCACCGGAGGCCGCUGUUGCGACUGCAUGGGAAGACUUCUCCAUGGCUUGCAGACUAUCAAGGCAGUGCGCUGAAAUUCAAGGAUGGACAUUGAGCCAUUCAUAUUUUGUGAAUAUGGGAGGUUUCUUCGACGGUGCCAACGGAAACGCAGUAGAGCCAGACGGAAAUCCUUCUACUCUCUUUAAGAGAUACCCCGGCAUUAUCAAGCAUUCGGGAGAGGUCGCAGUAUCGAAAGAGGAAAUCCUUGACAGAAGUAAAGGGGAUUUUUUUGCAAAGCUCAUUGUUGCCAUCCAGCUUGUGUGGUUUGCCGCCCAGUAUGUUGGACGGUGGGCACAUCGUCUACCCAGGUCCCAAUUGGAAGCGAUGACUCUUGCUUAUGCAUCACUUAGCAUCCUUGUUUGUGCUUUGUGGUGGCGCAAACCGCUGGAUGUGCAUUUCCCAAUCUACGUGAUGGAAGGGAGCCACUCCAAUCCCUCCAAUCCCGAUGCCAAUACUGAUCAAGUGCAGAAUAUGCCAAAUCCGACUUCCCCUGCAGGGAGCCCCAAUCCCUCAAACGUUCAUGCUGAUGCCGAUCAAGGGCAGAACGCGGCAACCCUGGCCUCUCCUGCGGUGAACCCCAAUCUCACAAAUUCCGGUGCCAGUACCGAUCAAAUAUCGAAUACAGCAAAUUCGACUGGAGUCCCAAUCCCUCCAAACCUGAUGCUAAUAUCGAUCAAAAGCAGAUCGUGGCAGAUCUGGCUUCCCUAG